AUGGUGGCAUCAUCUGUAAAACUAGAUCCAAUAUUCGAAGAUGCUCCUCUAUUACCACCUUUACCAGAAGAUAAAAAUCCGAUUGGUCAUCGGUUUGAAUCGGAACCAACUAGAGCCAACGCACUUGCGGCGGCGAAACGGCUUCUUGACGAUUCACGUGGACAAUCGUGGGAGCAGUUAGCCCGAAAGUACACGUUAGGUCUUGCAGCGGCACCUUGUGUUGAGAGAUUAACCGAAGAAGAACUCGACGAAAGUUUGGAAGUCAUGCCAGAAUAUCACAAUUACCGUUUCAACCGCAGCAGAUCUGUCGAUCUCAGCUCGAUUUCUAGGGAAAAAUACCUGUCAAGAUGGUCCAGAGAGAACACGCCAGUGGACAACGAGAAGCGUUACGCGUCUCACGUCCGUCGUAGUUACACUCCAGUCCGUGACAUCGCCUCUGUCGAACACGUCAACGAUGGGAAUCUUCAUCGUUCGAGAACUCCAUUGGCCGCCGUCACCGCUCCGUAUCACACAAAUAUUCAUUAUCGAUCGGAAAUCGAACCGUUCCGAAAAUAUGACACUUUUGGACUCAGAACUUGGAGCUACCCGAUUUAUAAAUAUGUAUACGGACGAGAGGGAGACUACAGACGACCAUACUCAUUCGAUAGAAAUUACGGACUCACACCAGUCUACACACCACCACAGUUAGCUGCAGAAUCACGGCCGAUCACGACGAGAAGAGGUUACUCCGGCUACUCCUACCUUGCCAGCGAGACCCACUUUGAUAUCGCAAGUCGUCCGAAAAGUUUGAGCUCAUACAUGUACAACACAAAGUAUCUGGGAACAACAUCCGCUCCAUGGUACUGGUCGUACUACGGUAACAGUAAUCUCCGCCACUUCAACAGCUACCGUCCACACAAUUAUACGAGCUCCACUGCCAGCUGGUCACGUUAUUAUUAA